AUGGGUCGCUUCUCAGUCGUCGCGUCUUUGCUUCUGGCAGCCAACGGUGUCUUGGGCGCCAAAUGGAUUGGCGAAGUCAAGAAUGUAGAUGGUGCCAGAUACCAGUGCAAAUGCUACUCGGACAAUUCCUGCUGGCCUACCACUAGCGACUGGGCAAAGCUAAAUAAAACCGUAUCGGGGGCGCUGCAAGUCGCUCUCCCCCCAGGCGCCGUCUGCUACAACAGCCUGGGCAACGAGACCAACGUCUACGAUGCCGCAAAGUGCGCAGAUACCCAGGCCAACUGGGGCAGCGAACAAUGGAUGACCGACCACCCCAUUGGCGAGCUGUGGCCCUUCAAGACGAACAACACUUGCAUGCCCACCAGCGACCCUUCCGGCACCUGUACGCGAGGCUUCUACGGACGCUACGUCAUUCUGGCCACGACAAAAUCGCAGAUCAAAGCCGGCGUGGAUUUCGCACGCGACCGCAAUCUGCGCUUGAUUAUCCGGAAUACCGGGCACGAUUUCAUGGGUCGAUCGACGGGCUUCGGCGCCCUCAUUAUCAACACGCACAGCUUCAAGGACGUCAAGUUCCUGAAAAAGUACACGGGCCCGGGAGACUGGACGGGCAGUGCGGCGGUUGUGGGGGCGGGCGUGCAAGGCCGUGAGUUGUACCGCCAGUGCUUCAAUCAGAGCCCCAAGGUGGUGAUUGUUGGGGGAGAGUGUCCAACGGUUGGCUGGGCUGGCGGCUACAUCCAAGGCGGCGGCCAUGGCCCGCUGACAGGCUUGUACGGCAUGGGCGCCGACAACGUGCUCUCGUUCGAAGCCAUUACUGCGCAGGGCAACUACGUGACUGCCAAUGCAAAGGAGAACCCGGAUCUUUUUUGGGCGCUCAAGGGCGGCGGUCCUAGUUCCUUUGCUGUCGUCGUCAGUAUCACUGUCAAGACCUUUCCUGAGAUACCGACUGCGGGGACGAUUCUGAAUAUCAAUUCUACGCAUACCAACGACACGGAGCUGUUUGCCAAGGGCGUUCGUAUUUUCCAUAACCUGGCCAAUCAUUACAGCGACCAUCAUAUGUUUGUGUACUUUGAAAUUGGGCCUGGUCCUGGCCGUCUCCACAUUGCUCCCUUUGUGGGCCCCAACAUGAAUGAAAAGCAACUGGCUGAGGUCAUGGCACCGCUUUAUGAGCAGUUGGAUGCAGCCAAGGUACCUUACGAUACACAUACCAAGGCAUUCCCGACAUUUUUCGAAUUCUACUUUGACAUGUUCGAGGACGAGCCUCCGAACCAGCAGUCGAUCGUUGGAGGUCGUCUCUUCACACAAAGCGACAUUGCCAACCAUGGUGACGCCAUUGCCGAUGCGCUCAUGUUUACCGCCAUGCCCGAGCCCACUCAGCUUGGCUUCGACGUCGGCCACAUUGUCAACCCAGGGCGUGCCUACCCCAAGGUAGACAACGCCAUUCACCCAGCGUGGCGCAACGCUAGCAGCUUCGUCAUUACCAACGUGCUCAUGACGGGCACCGAGUCAUGGGAAGUCAAGAAGGAGCGCGAGAACUUCAACACGCAUGUUGUGGGCCAGAAGCUGCGAGAUGUGUCGCCAAAUGGCGCCAGCUAUGUCAACGAGGGCGACCUCAACGAACCCGACUGGCAACAGGCGUACUGGGGUGCCAACUACCCGCGGCUGUUGAAGUUGCGCCAGAAGUGGGAUCCUGAAGGUGUGUUUUUCACCGAGACGACGCCGGGAACGGAGAGCUGGAGUGUGAUGGAUUAUGGGACGAAGCUUUGUAAGAAGAGCUGA